CUUUAUAAAUAUAUACUAGAAACUAGCCAAUAAAAAUAGAAAUUGCAGGAACAAUUACGCUGUCAUGCACAGCCCAAUUUUAAAAUCCAAUGAGUUUUUAAAAUAAAUUUAGAGAAAUAAAAUCCGAUAACAAAUUCGAAACAAUUUCAACAGAAUAUUCAGUAAAACUAAUUAGUAAAUGCUAAGGUUAUAAAUAUCUAAACCUAUCAAACGUUAGUAGACUGACUGUCAAAGCACUUGCACCAUAGUGCAAAAAUUCGCACAUUCCAUUAGUAUUACUCGAUAAAUAAAUUGUAAAAUACAUUAAUGUUAUAAAAUGAGAUUGAUUUGAUUUUGUUACACGUCGUAGAAAAUAAAUAACUUUAAUAAUGCAAACGAUAUACAUCUUUAUAAGUUUGUUAGUCAGCGUAUCAUCGUUAGCUCGUGGGAGCGAACUCGAUUAUGACGGCUGGUUACAAUUACGAUUAUGGCACGCAUUUAACGACGAGCCAGAGCCCAUUUUUAUAGAACGAGGUAACGUCACAGUGUCAAGUGUUCGUAGCGGUGCUUCUGUUGUUGGACAAAAUGGAUUGCUACAAUCUCAUAUAAACGAAUUAAAAAACCUUGCUAAACAUGACGGCAAAUACAAACUUAAAGCAGUAGCUCGGACCUCUUCAGGAAAUGAAAUAACAUUUUUAACUUCUGUACCUGCGUGUUAUCUUCUCGGUUCUGAUCUUGAAGAUGUUAUAACAAUUUGGCUGGAUAGCGCGGCUGAGCCAAUAGUUGUGAGCGCAUCGUCGCCCGGUCCUUGUAGUACAGAAAGUCCGUUUACAAAUAUGUGGACGACCAACAUUAUUGUUAAGUAUCCUGAUGGUGGACCAGUUCCAGACACCGCUACAUAUAUUCAGAAACUUGAACGUGAAAGAGAAGCAAGAGAAAGAGGAGAUGCGAAAGAUAACAGAUCUUUCCUUGCAAGAUAUUGGAUGUACAUUGUCCCUGCAUUAAUCUUUGUUGUUCUGUCAUCCGCAACAAAUCCAGAAGCUGGGGGUGCAGGAGGAAGUGCCCAAAGACAGUAACAUAAAGUGUAUGUGAUGCCUCGAAGAGUGUUUGUGCGGGAACCGUUUAUUUAUAAAUUUACAAUGUACUUUCAUAAUUAUAGUUAUAAAAACUAUGAUUGUAUCUUUCCCUGAAUAAAUUCUAUGAUUUAAUUAAA